GAAGUGAAGCGCCAUGGGCAUCCUAACGGUGGCCUCAACGGCCGCUACGUCCGCCCUCACCAUCGGCGGCAUCAGCAAGCUGACCUUCAUCCCCGCCAUGCUCGCCGCCAUGGCCUACUUCAACUACGAGCUGCUGGACCCCGAGAGCCGGCCCUUCAACCAGAAGUACUUAAGGGAACAGUAUGACUUCGUCAUCGUCGGCGGCGGCUCCGCUGGGGCUGUGAUGGCCAACAGGCUGUCUGAGAUCGAGGGGUGGAAUGUCCUGUUGCUGGAGGCUGGAGGUCAUGAGACUGAUAUAAGCGAUGUGCCGUUACUGUCGCUGUAUUUGCAUAAGAGUAAAUUGGAUUGGAAGUAUAGAACACAACCCCAGGAUACAGCGUGUCAAGCCAUGAUCGACAAGCGCUGCUGCUGGACGAAGGGGAAGGUGCUCGGAGGGUCCUCUGUCCUCAACACCAUGCUGUACGUAAGAGGGAACCGACGGGACUUCGAUCAGUGGGAGUCCUUCGGCAACCCGGGCUGGGGAUACGAUGACGUACUUCCUUAUUUUAAGAAGUCUGAAGACCAAAGGAAUCCUUACUUAGCGAGAGACACUAAGUAUCAUGGCACAGGUGGUUACCUCACUGUUCAAGAUGCUCCUUAUAAUACUCCUCUCGGAGCUGCUUUUCUGCAAGCCGGUGAAGAGAUGGGAUACGACAUCGUGGAUGUGAAUGGUGCGCAGCAGGUCGGCUACGCUUGGUACCAGUUCACCAUGAGACGAGGAACUCGGUGCUCCACCGCCAAAGCCUUCCUUAGACCGGUCAGACUCCGACAGAAUUUACACAUUGCUCUCUUCUCUCACACCACGAAAGUGUUAAUCGACAAAGACAGCAAGAGAGCAUUCGGUGUCGAAUUCAUAAGGGAUGGACAAAAACAAGUUGUAUAUGCCAAACGGGAAGUCAUACUAUCAGCUGGAGCUAUUGGAUCCCCUCAACUUCUCAUGCUUUCUGGCGUCGGCCCCGCGAAAAACCUACAAGAAGUUGGAGUAGAAGUUAUCAAAGAUUCUCCUGGAGUCGGGGAAAACUUGCAGGAUCACAUCGCAAUUGGCGGUCUUGUUUUUAAAGUAGAUUACCCUAUAAGCUUAGUCAUGAAUAGGCUUGUAAAUAUAAAUGCUGCUUUACGAUAUGCAGUGACGGAGGAUGGGCCGCUCACGUCAAGUGUGGGUUUGGAAGUAGUUGCUUUUAUAAAUACAAAAUAUGCUAAUGGGACUGACGAUUGGCCUGAUAUAGAAUUCAUGAUGACGUCAGCUUCUACUCCUUCCGAUGGAGGAACUCAAGUUAAAAAAGCACACGGACUCACGGAUGAAUUUUACAAUGAAGUAUUUGGCGAAAUCAAUAAUAAGGACGUUUUUGGUAUAUUUCCGAUGAUGCUUCGUCCAAAGAGCAGAGGUUAUAUUAAAUUAAAAUCUAAGAAUCCCUUGGAUUAUCCAUUAAUGUACCACAAUUACUUAACGCAUCCUGACGACGUUGGAGUACUACGGGAAGGAGUGAAAGCCGCCGUGGCGGUCGCAGAGACCAAAGCCAUGAAGCGCUUCGGAGCCAGGUUUCACGACAAGCCUCUUCCGAACUGCAAGCACCUCCCUCUGUACACCGACGAGUACUGGGACUGCCUGAUUCGACAGUAUACAAUGACCAUAUACCAUCUUUCGGGGACAGCGAAAAUGGGUCCAUCAAGCGACCCAAUGGCUGUCGUAGAUCCUGAACUAAGAGUAUAUGGGAUUAAAGGAUUAAGAGUCAUCGACGCUAGCAUAAUGCCUACUAUCACAAAUGGAAAUAUCAAUGCACCUACUAUUAUGAUAGCAGAAAAAGGUGCGGAUCUUAUAAAGGCGAGCUGGAAGGCUUUACCGCACAAACGGGGACGCAGGUCCCUAAAGUGUACUAGAUUAGAACAAUUAGGAAUAAGGAGUAGAAGUAACAGCCCUCUCUGUAGAAUAGAUAGAUGACGAUUAAAUAUCCUGUAGCUAAGUUAAUUUAGGCCAUAAUAAUUUUAAUAAAUACCAAAAGUACAUGAGAAAGUAUUAGUAGGUUGGGUGACAAUAUUUCUAGUCUAGAAAACAUCGACGAACUGAUACUUAAAUGUGAAAGAAGCCAAAAUGAAAUCAUAAGAUUAAAAUUUAGUUAGGGUUAAGACAUU